AUAAAACUGGACCAAUAAAAUUGAUAUGCAUAUAUACAUAGGUGAUCUGGGUUUCGGUUCAGUCCUGACUUGAGCCCAUUUUUCUAGUUUUGGACUACAACCGGCUCAAUUAAUUUGACUGAUUCCACUAUUUUUAUCUUUCGUAUACUGGCUAAAUGAGCGGAACCAACGCUGAACAAAAAUCGAUUUACCCAGGAAUUAAACAACAGAGGGUACCUAGGAUUAUCAAAUGGCAACCACCAGAGGCAGGAACCUUCAAACUCAACUGUGAUGGAUCAUGUCGAGGGAGUGAAAGGGAUGCCGGGGCAGGCGGUGUUAUUCGCAAUCAUAAAGGAGAUUGGAUUUGUGGAUUCCUUUUAAAUAUUGGGAAAACUGAUAGUUUUCAAGCGGAACUUUGGGGAUUACGGCAAGGUCUUUUGUUGGCUCGUGAUCUAAAUCUUAGUCGGGUCAUGGUGGAGGGCGAUUCAGAAAGCAUGAUUAAAGUGGUCAGAAGUACGCAAACGUCUCAUAAAACAGCUACUGGGGUGCUAAUCCGUGAUUGUAGGAGAUUACUUGAGGAUGACCGUUUCAUUCUUUUUCAACAUACCCUAUGGGAGGACAAUAAAUGUGCAGACAUGCUAGCAAAUGCAGCGCAUGAGGCCACGAAGGGUUUGUCUAUUUUGGAAAUAGCACUGGAAUGGAUCAAACAAACUUUGUGGGAAGACGCAAACGGCCUAGAAGAAAUUAGAUUCUGAUUUUAUUUUUGCUUUCCUUCCGUUGUAUAAAAAAAUCGAUUUACCCACCUAGUAAAUUCUGAUCCCCCCAUUAAGCUUACGCAGAACCGGGGUCCCGAAGCAGAACCAAACCAAGACGACCCCUCACUCCGCCCAAGAUACAAAAAACGAAAUACUCCUCAAUUCGUUAUCGUUUGGACUAUUUUCGGUUGGAGAUCAGACCAUAUUUAAACAAACCAGAUGAGAUCUGACUAGACUUAAACGAAUCGCAUCAGACCAAACUUUCAUAGUUAUAAAAUACAUAGAGAUCAUACAUUUACCAAAUUACGUAGUAGAAAAGACCAGUUCAAACAAAAACAGACCAUACUUCAACAGAUCUGACCAGAUCAGAUCAGACCAAUCUUGACUAGCAAAUUUCUAUCCAAAAGAAAACAUCUUUAAUGUAUGAUCACAUUUUAAAUAUUUAAUUUAAU